AUGGCCCCAGCACUCGCCCAGCCCACGUCAGCUCUCGUUGGGUUUAUGAACAAGUCUCCUGCCCUCUUCUGGACUAUCACCACCGUCCUCACCGUUACUAUCCUAUGCUUUGCCUCGUACGCCGGCACCCAGCUCCACCGCCGCUUCAAGCCCAAAGUUAUCGAAUGGGUCGAUCGCCUCAAUGAUCCCUACACAAUCGGUCCACAGCGUAAGCGCUUCAGCCUCCUUUAUGACGAGUCCCACAAAGUGAUCGGUUUCAAAUACAAGCCUGGCGGCACCGGCUGGUCCUCCGAUGUCGAGGCGAAGGUGCACAUCGACUAUCCACCGGCGGCGUUCAGCCCACGGCGCAAGUACACCCCUUCGCCGACGUUCGGCUCCUGGACGCCUGUCCCAGAACCGGGCGCGAACGUCACGAAUUGGGCCGCUGACUACGAGAGUCGCGUGCGCGAGGAGUGCGAGGUGCGCACGCAGCGGAACGCCUACGCACAGUCCCACUCCGUCUGCCGCUCAUCCUCGCGCACGAGCUGCCCCCGCCAACCCGAGCUCCCACCACCUGCACCCCAUCUUGAGCGUGCUUCUGUCCUCGUCGAGGGCAACACCCCGACUCCUGGCGACUCGGACGUCGACGCCAACUCCGACGCGUCCUUGCUUGCCACGCCCGGUCUCGAAGCGGACGACUUUGGAGGUGACAGGCACUCGCCAGUCAUCAGCGACGAGUGUGACUCGCCCGUGAUUGACUGUGCCUCGCAGGAGCGUGGCCUGCGGAUCAUCCUUCCUGGCGGCUCGCCGUUGCUGCCCUCGCUCUCGAUCCCUUCGCCGUCCAAGGCGCUCGUCAAGGACGCCUCGCGCCCGCCCCACUGGAACUUCUGA